AUGCCGAAUCCUAACCCGUCUUUCUCUGUUUUGAACGACAUUCUCGCUCAAUCCAAGAAGCUGACAACGGAGCUUCAGCUUUUGCAGCCGGAAAUCCCGCAGAUUCAGCUCUCUUUAGAACAGAUUGAGGCGCGUGCAAAGGACCUUGCGCAAAAGGCUGCCCAAGCCGCUCGCGACGGCGAUUCUAAGGCUCAUCUUGUGUUGGCUGGAAGCGGAGUGAAUCCUGCGGAGACCAAACAAGACCUGGCGCAGAUCAGGUUUCCUGAACCAAUUGACCCUCUUGUACCAUCACACGACGCGAGAGAUCUCGACCGUCACUUGCGCUACAAGAAGGAGCAGAAUAUCACUUCGGCUAUCGACGAAUCAAUCAGACGUACGCAAAAGGACUUCGAAGCAUUCGUUGCCAGAAACAUCAAUCUUGACUGGGAGAAGCAAAAGCAGAGAGUUUUCGAGUCCAUUGGCUUGGCGGCAAGAACUGGCGAUGAAAAGGACGCAGAGAAGCCGGGCGCCUCCGUUUUUGGCAAAUCAAUGGGGUUCUCUACGCACAAGCGCAGCUUGUCACGCUCCGUGCUCGGCAAAUCUGUUCUGGGUAAGCCGACAGCGGGCAGCCUUACGUCCCACCUCCGCCGCCAGCAGUUUGCUACUGUUGUCAAGCACUUGAACGACCUCCGCUUGAAGGGUACUCCUUUUGGCAUUAUAUCCGCCUUCUCGGCUCUGUCUGAUAAUGCAGGGAACAAGGCGACCAUUCAGCAGCUUGGCGACGCGUGGAAGUUGAUGGGAGUGUUGGCCAAUGAGGAGAAUGUCCACAACGGAGAAUUCUACGGCGACUCCAUUACUGAGCGACAGUACGCCAAGCAGUACGCUGCUGCUACUCCUCGCUCCAAGGAUACCACUGCUCUGAAUAAGCAUAUCACUGCGGCCUCCCGCAAAUGGCUUGAGGAGCAAUUCCGAGUAGUUGUCGAUAACUUGAUUGUCAGCAACCCCCAGUUGGCACAAAUCGGUGGAGUUCCCUCGAUCAACAACAAAAUCCGGGGUUAUCUCAACGUACGCUUCAAGCAAGACGGCGAAUGGAAUGGACCAAAGUUCGAGCUGGUCGAAGACUACCCGAUAUGGGCGCACAUCUUCUACUUGAUUCGCGCUGGCCGUCUCGAGGAGGCUGUCAAGUUCACCGAAGCCAACGAUGCAUGGUUCCAGAAUGGGGAAAGAUCAUUCCCGACAUACAUUCGCACCUACGCCACGUCUCCUGAUCGUCGUCUUCCCCGGCAAUUGCGCGACCGUCUGCAUGCGGACUUUAACCAGCGUAUUAGGUUCUUGACGGAAGACACUGAUCCGUACAAGCAUGCUGUAUACAAGAUUAUUGGUCGCUGUGAGUUGAACAGGAGGUCGUUGAGAGUUCUUAGUACUACCGAGGACUGGAUGUGGUUGCAGUUCAUAUUGGCUAGGGAGACGGAGGACCCAAACGAGCCUAUUCAGGACAGGUAUACCCUCGAGGACGUCCAGAAGCUCGUCUUGACCUUCGGCGCGAAGCACUUCAACGCUUCUGGUCAGAACGCUAUUGUCUACUUCCAGGUGCUGUUGAUGACUGGACAGUUCGAGCGUGCAGUGCACUACAUGUACUCGUACCACUGCAUCGAUGCUGUUCAUUUUGCGAUUGCAUUGACGUACUACGGAUUGUUGCGCGUUCCCGUCGAGUCGCCGGUUACGGAGGCGGAUCUACUCAUUCUCGACCAAGAGCGCGAUAUCUCUUAUAUCAAUUUCGCACGCCUUAUCUGCGUGUAUGUUCGCGAUUUCCGUCAAACUGAUCCUGAGGAGGCUAUCGAUUAUCUGGCCUUGAUCUGCUUGAACGGUGAUUUGCCGGCGCCCAAGUCCGCUGAGCAGCGUGCACUCUGCCACAGCGCAAUCAGGGAGUUGGUGUUGGAGACUAGACAGUACGACCGUCUCAUCGGUGACGUACGUGCGGAUGGCACUCGUAUCCCUGGUGCUAUUGAGCAGAAGAUGCGCCUCAUUCAAUUGCCUAAUGAGAAGGACUAUCUCCGCACUAUCACCGAGCAGGCUGCGGCUCAGGCCGACAACGAUGCCAGAACAAACGAUGCGGUCUUGCUCUACCACCUGUCCGAGGCGUACGACACUGUCGUUAGUAUCAUCAACAAGAAGCUCGGUGACGCGAUUGCCGAUAUGACCACGGAUAUUGCUCACGCUCCGCAUGUUCCGCAGGAUGCGAAUGUCUCGCUUGCGGCUUCGGAAGAUGCGGCGGUACUUGCUAAGAAUAUGAUUGAUGUGUACGCCAACAAUGCUGCAAUCAUCAAGAGCAUCAGUGUCGUGAACCGAGAAGCAUGUGAUACCCUCCAGAAAAUGCUCGGUGCACGCAAGUUGUACGAGUCCGGAGAUUGGGAGAACGCGCUGCAGGUCAUCGAACAGCUUGACUUCCUGCCGUUGUUGUCUGCAGAUUUGACAGAUGUUCGUCACCGUGCUCAGCAAUUCGCUUCCUUGCACGAGAGCAUUGCGAAGAAUGUGUCGAACCUGGUGAUUAUGGCGAUGGAGUCUAUGCAGGCGAUUAGUAUGGGCUUGAAGGAGAGUACAUACACAGAUCCAAGCAGAGUGGCGAAGUUGAAGGAAAUCAAGAGGAAAGCGAAAAACGCUGUGAUGUAUGCCGGUUUGAUCCAGUACAGGAUGCCGGCGGAUGUGUACACCAAGCUGAUGCGGUUGGAGGUUAUGAUCUGA